AUGAUGUUACCAGCAUUUUUUGCAGCCCUGUUAGCUGUUAGCCUUGCGCAAACAGCUGUCAACCAGUUCCCUGAUGGUUUCCUCCUGGGAGCUGCCACCUCUGCCUAUCAGAUAGAAGGCGCCUGGAACGAGAGUGAGAGCAUCUGGGACUACAUGUUCCAUGAACAACCUAUUUACACGACGGACGGCGCCAACGGCGACGUCGCCUGCGACAGCUACCACAAGUAUGAGGAGGACGUGCAGAUGCUGAAGGCCAUCAACGCUACUGCGUACCGGUUCUCCAUCUCGUGGUCACGCGUGCUACCCAAGGGCGACCUCAGCGUCAUCAACCAGCCAGGCAUUGAUUACUACAACAACCUCAUCAACGAGCUGCUCGCCAACGGAAUUCAACCUGUGGUGACGAUGUACCACUGGGACCUUCCCCAAGCGCUGCAGUACCUCGGUGGGUGGGUUAACGAGAUCAUGGUCGACUACUUCGCGGACUACGCCAAGCUGCUCUUCGACAAUUACGGAGACAGGGUGAAGUGGUGGAUCACGUUCAACGAACCCGUCAUGAUCGUCUGGGGCUACGCCAUAGCCGGCGUGCCGCCCGGCCUUCCGGCGACGGGCGUCGGCGACUACCUGGCGACGCACACGCUGGUGAAGGCGCACGCGCGCGUCUGGCACCUCUACGACGAGCAGUACAGAGCGACACAGAACGGUUCUGUGGGAAUGACAUUUAGCAGCCUACAUUACGAACCGUAUACAAACUCUACUGAAGACAUAGAAGCAACUGAGAGACAAAGACAGUUUAAGAUUCCACUCGAUCAGUCAGCCGCAGGGUUCAGAAAGAUACUGAACUGGUUGGUUGCCGAAUACCCUGGAUACCCCAUUUUCGUCUCGGAAAAUGGCCUAGGCAACGACGGUAGCGUCGGUCUGAACGACACGGACAGAGUAGAGUAUUUUGCGGCUUUCCUUCCUGCCCUUUUGCAAGCUGUGAACCUAGACAACGUUCCCGUGGUCGGCUACACGUGCUGGAGUCUCAUGGAUAAUCUGGAGUGGCAACUGGGAUACUCGUGA